AUGAUGUUUUUGUGAUUGGGAUGUAGCGUGCAAUUGAAAAUCAAGAAUGUUGACGCGGCGCGAGCUCGUAUGCUGGUAUCGGUUGCAGAUCCGUCGCUUACAAGUGAAGAUGUGAUCAUUCGAUCAGACGCGUUUGCCCGAGGAGUAGGCACAGCUGUCAGUUAUCCGGCCACUGUAACUGGAACAUUGAAUGCUGUCAGUGAUCAGAAGCAAUUGCAACGACUCGAAUUGGACGUUCAUCUG